UCCACUCAGACUGGAGGCUGGUUGAUUAUUGGGAACCACCGGCGAGGAUAGACAAUGAUGAGGCGGUGAAGCGCUGCUAGUGAGAGUGUAAUUCGCGUGUAUUCUGUCAAAUUUAUACAUAUUUUACGACUUCUUGUGCAAAAAAUGACGACGACCACGACAUAUCAAGGGAUGGAGCCCGGCUCUAAAAGCAGUUCCAGGGUUUUGCGUCCUCCUGGCGGCGGCUCUAACAUUUCACUUGGUGCAGAUGAGGAGAAGCCUCCCGUCCGGAAAAACAAGAUGGCCUCCAGUGUUUUCGCUGAGCCAGAGGACCCCUAUGCUAAUCGAAGGAACAACCCACCAGGUGGGAAGCCCACGGGCGUGCUUUGUGGUGAGCCAUCAGCCCCCCUGAGGAGAGGAGGAAACCAGACCACCAACUCUGCAGACGCCUGUGUCACAGAUGGAGAAAACUCUGUACGCGACUGUGAAAACAGUGCUCCUGAGCCUGAAGCAGUGCCAGAGCAGAAGGAGGAGGCCCCUCCAGCUGACGAUCCCGCUGCCGGAGUACCGUCCGGUCGCAGGAAUCCCCCUGGGGGCAAGUCCAGCCUCAUCCUGGGUUGAAUCCCAUCCAACUACUCCCCCUCUUUCAUCCAUUCAUCUCUGAAUUCAUCGUUUUAUUUUCAUUUUUUAAAACAAAGAAGCCCAGCUCAUUUGUCUGUACCGCGGGAAUCCUAACUGACGUCCAACAGACAGCAGUUUCCUCCACAUCCCCAAGUGCAUUGUUUUGAUACCUCUUUUUUGAAAACCGUUUUGUACUGUUUUUAUCGUUUGUUUGUUUUGACAGAAGCACUUUAUGUAUUUCUAUGUAUACGGUUCAAAGUCUGCCUUUGCCCCUGUAAUGCAUUAUUAGACCUGCCAGACCAGGGUACAAGGAUCACAUUUCUCUUAUCAGCUAAUGGAAAGUUAAUCUCACCUAACAUUGUUGCGACGGCACAAGCUGCGCGUGGUUAUAAAAGCAGUUUCCAGAACACAAGCAAAUAAAAAUCACUUUUGCACUGUGUUCAGUUUUGACCCAUCUUGCAUGCACGUCUGGUCUGUAACGUAUGAAUGUGAGAAGAAACAUAACUGUGAAGAUUUUUUAUUUAAUAUAAUUUAACCUGUUUGUUAGUUGUUUUUUUGUGGGAUAAUUGUAUUGUUGUUGCAUGAAUCUUUCUACUGGUAAUAUUAUCCACUUAGGAGCCACAUAAACAGCCGUCAUUGUGAUCUGAAGGAUGCAAACACUUGUCUUCAGAUGAGUCCUGUAGGUCCCAUGUCAGGUAACCGAAUUGGAAUAAGCCUUUUUUAUAUUGUAGUUGAUAACCUUAGAUUACUGUAACCCCAGUGCCGGUUUUGAGUGCCCCAUGUUUUUAUAGGUAAAAUUAACUCCAAAAUAAAGUGUGCCUGUUUGUGUGUUAGGCUACAGCAUCAAAUAAGGUUGGGUUUCAGCGGUUGCAUCCUACCAGUGUCGACAAGACCUGUUUUUCCUUUGAGAAUCAAUGGAAUGUUGCUGGUCCUGACGUGUUUCUGGUAAACCCAUCCUAGAUUUGAAAAGUGACCUUAUGACAGCUCAGCCUUUUUUUUCCUAUAUUUUACCCCCCAUUUUUUCUUUUUUUUUUUUUUUUAAACAUUUGUUUAUCAUCCUGCUCACUUGAAUUACAGUACAGUGUUUUUUUUUUUUUUUUUUACAUAUAUAUAUAUAUAUAUAUAUACAUACAUUUCAUCUUCACAUUAUACCAAAAUUCCCUCCUGCCUCUGUCUUGUCGAGUCAUGUGUGUGACUACUGCGUUAGCCAGCUGUCAUGCAAGAAGACCUACAUUUCAGGUACAUGAAAUGUAAUCUCUGUGGUGUCUAUUUUUAACGUCUGUUAUGAUACACAAUAUGUCCGUUUGCAUCCUAUACCAAUUCCUGUCGCUGGAUGAAGUCACUGCAGAAAUUUAAAAUCAAGAAAUGGCACAAGUGGAAAUGAACAUUAAAAAUCAAUUU